AAAGAAUAAUAUUUCGUGCAAGUAAAGGACGAGACAGUCGAGUACGUGGUACAACAGUUGACCGCAUUGCACAUGUCAAGGCUUAGUUUUUGUACAAAAUAUUGUUUUUCAAGUAUGAAAACAUUUCAUACGGCAGUAACUAAAAUCUUCAGUCACGGGAUGCUAGAAAAUCCCCCGUGAACAGGAAGGAGCAGCGCAGGAGACUUGAACUGUAAGCAAGCAUGCACAUAGUGGAAGAAGCAGAAGAGAGGAGUGAUUCCAUUGAUUCUGAUGAGCCGCAAGGAAUAAUCUGACCUCCCAAGCAAUGAAUAUAAUCCUUCCACACCUUUUUCUUGCCUAUUUCUCCCGUCUCUUUCGUGAACAGACCAUAGAAACUCCUACCAGUCAAUCCCCCAGGGAAGAUGUUCUGUGAAGAAGACGAAAAUGACGAUGAUCAUGUUUGACUAGUAAUUCAUGACUCAUUCGUACGUAUCUCAAUCUGACUAGAGGACGGAGGAGGAGGAGCAGGCGGAGGAGCAAUGAUCCUUAGGCGGCAACAUUGUUGUUCAUCCUGCAAGCUGCAGCCUUCUUCAUACAAUUCUUUCUGGUUCUCUUCCUCACUUUUGAUUCUGUUCCUUGUCCUGCCUCUGCUUUUCAUCUCUCUCCUCAGUUCAACUCUCGGCCCGGAGAGAUACUCUUCACUUGUUAUCUUUUCGACAUGGAAUUCGCGGACUUCUUUUCCUUCUCCUUCUUCUGCUUCUGCUUCUGCUCCGACUGCACCUGGCCCAGCAGAUUUGCCAGGUCUUAUGGAGGCUCCAUUGAAUUACUCCGAUGCGGUCCCAUCAGUCCCGGAAUUUUCUGUUCCUUUAUCGGAGAAUAAUAAUGAGAACAGGACAAUAGAGACUCCGAUCGAACCUGAGCAUACAGUGAAGAGCUACAGCAGGUUAGAGAGGCUCGAAGCAAGCUUGUCUAGGGCUCGGUCUUCCAUAAGAGAAGCAGCUGUCGUCCGGAACCCAACAUCAGUCCAUGAAGACCCUGACUAUGUUCCUAGGGGGCCCAUCUACCGGAAUCCCAAUGCUCUCCACCGGAGUUACCUCGAAAUGGAGAAGCUCUUCAGGAUUUAUGUGUACCGAGAAGGAGAGCCUCCGAUGUUCCAUUAUGGUCCGUGCAGGAGCAUAUACUCCACGGAGGGAUUAUUCAUUAGUGAGAUGGAGAAGGGCAACAUUUAUCGGACCACAGACCCUGAUGAGGCCCUCGUAUGCUUCCUCCCGUUCAGCGUCGUCAUGAUGGUUGAAUACCUCUACAAACACGGGUCCCAUGAGAUUAACGCCAUAGGACGUGCAGUCGUCGACUACAUCAAUAUUAUUUCUAUUAAGCAUCUGUUCUGGAACCGGAGCCUCGGGGCCGACCAUUUCAUGGUCUCAUGCCACGAUUGGCAGGGGCCACGCUCAUCUUCCUACGUUCCCGACUUAUUCAAAAACUCCAUAAGAGUUCUAUGCAACGCGAACACCUCCGAGGGAUUCAAUCCCUCCAAGGAUGCUUCUUUCCCCGAGAUCCACCUCCGCACUAGCAAGCUCUCAGGGUUGAUCGGCGGCCUAUCCCCAUCUCGGCGAACCAUCCUAGCCUUCUUCGCUGGGCGUCUCCAUGGUCACAUCCGAUCAUUGCUCCUUAGCCACUGGAAGGACCGAAACGACUCCGAUGUCCAGGUCUAUGAGCAGGUUCCCAAGGGCAUGAACUAUGACUUAAUGAUGAAGAAGAGCAGGUUCUGCCUGUGCCCAAGCGGGUACGAGGUGGCUAGCCCGAGGGUGGUUGAGGCAAUAUAUGCAGAGUGCGUACCUGUCCUGAUCUCGGACGGGUACAUCCCUCCAUUCAGUGACGUACUGAACUGGAAGGCAUUCUCGGUUCAGGUGGAGGUGAAGGACAUACCGAGGAUCAAGGAGAUCCUAAUGUCAAUAUCGCAAGGGCAAUACUUGAGGAUGCAGAGGAGGGUGAGACAGGUCCAGCGGCACUUUGUGCUCAACAGUCCGACCAAGAGGUUCGAUGUCUUCCAUAUGACAGUCCAUUCCAUAUGGCUCCGCAGGCUCAAUAUUCGAAUCAAAGGUUGAUGUCAUACAUAGCAAAUUUCGAUUUAAUUGUCAGGAUCCAUUUUUGUUUUCUGAAACAAAUAAAUGUCUAAUCAAUGUCCGAAAUUUUGUUUAUUUUGUC